GGAAUGUCACGUGACCAGGUUACUUCGCCAUGAUGGAGAAUCAAGUGUAUUUAUUUACAAAUUUAAAGGAUCUGAAUGCCACAAUGUGGAGCAAACAUAUGGAAUCUCAGGGUGUUGAAUCUUUCAACGUAUAGCAGACUACAUUUUAUCGUCAUGGCGACUGGUCAACCCUUGGAAAAAAAUGGCCGAGAGGCAACUUUGGAUGAUCAGAGGUUGUUUCUCAAAGUUCUUGAAGAUCUGAAAAACGCAGUCACUAAGCCUGAUGCUGAGGCUUUGAAACGUGAGGCCUUAAAUGAUGGUAAUCAUAGCAACCAGAAAAUAGAUCUAAUAAGUGAAUCUGAUUGUGCAAGUGAAGAAUCUCAGAACGUGUGUGGCAUGGCUGAAAAAUCAGAUGCUGAAGAACCAGGCACGACAACCGUGACAGUAUCUGAUACAACAAAAUCUCGCAUCUUGCAGAAACUUCAAGUUGGAAAUGAAAAAUCUGAUACAGAUGAUGUCCAUGAACAAACUGUGCUUCCUCAAUCGAUAAAUCUAAGUCAGGCUUCUGUAGUAUAUGUUAGUGGAGAUGCUUUGACAAAUCCUUUAAAAAGUGUGACAUCAGUGUCAGGCCCGGAAAAUAUUGUGCUUGCAAUUAUGAACAUGAACAAAAUCAAUGAAUCCUUAGCUGGAAAGAACAUGGUGACAGUAAAAGCUGUAAACAAGGACUCAAUACAUGAAAGCUUGCAUGCGGCCCAGGUUACGGCACCCAUUUUGGCUAAACCUACCUCUGUGCAGCUGUUCUCCUGCGAGUAUUGUGACUAUUACAGUGACAAUAAGAGAUACUUGAAACAACAUAUGGACUUCGUACAUAAUUCAGAUAGGCCGUUCAAAUGUCCGUAUUGUGAUUAUGCAGGGAAAAGGAGCCAUGCACUCAGAGAACAUUUGAUUGUGCAUACUGACAGCAGGCCAUUUCAAUGUCAAGUUUGUAAUGCGACUUUUAGAAAAAAAGGACACUUAACCAACCAUGUUAAGCUACACAAUUCAAAGAGACUGGUUAAAUGCCCACUGUGCAAGGCUCUUGUAUAUGACACAGGUGAGAAUGGGUUGGAUGUUCAUUUAAAGACUGACCAUGACACUGAAAGACUCUAUGGUUGUGAUUUGUGUGACUAUGUUGCGGCUAAGGAGCCAGAAAUUCUUCAACAUUUGAAACAAAAACACAGGUCAAAACUCAUGAUAUACAAGUGCGAUAAAUGUCCAUUUCAAUCUGCAGAUAACACUGCAUUUCAACACCACACCAAAGCCCAUGAUCUGUCAGAUCAGAAAGUCCAGAUUGGCUCCAAUGUUCCAACAAGUGUUAUAGGAGUUGCGGCAGUUCCAGCUGGUGACACACAGCCGGGCGCUGUCAGCGCCAUGAUUAAACUGGUUGGUGCUGGAUCCAGCAGUGAGGCUCCAGCUACCUCUCAGCCCAGUAUGGUGAAUCCAUUGUGGAUCAAGUGCUCUGAAUGUGGAUUUGUUGCCCAUGAUUCAGAAGUGGUGAAAAAACACAUGCUUGAUCACCUGAAAGAACAGUUUGGCGAAGACUAUGAUCAACAUCUAGGUCAAUCAGACUCUCAAGGAAGUGCUGCUAAGUCAGAAUCAAGUAGGUCGAGUACAGGUUCCGAAACUCCAACUCAGACAUCUCCUGUCAAAGCUCCGAUACUCGUGCCUGUCACAAAUGUUGAUCAGCUGUUGCCAAAAAAUAUUGGGAAAAUUGAUAUGAACUCUCCAAUUCUUGUUCCAGUAACUGACCCUCAUCUUUUACAAAGACUUAAAAGUGCUACCACCCAAUCAACAACAGCUGUAAAGUUGGCUACAACAACAAAAUCUGCAACAACAACAGCAAUGUCAGUGAGCAUGUCCUUACCACAAGCCCAGUCCGUGAUAGCCACUGGAGUGUCCAAGACUCCGUUCCUUCUGGAACAAGGGUUUAAAGCCCCAAAUCUGAGAGUCAUUCCUAUAGCCCAUUCAAGUGCCGGUCCAAUUCCAACAAUCACUGCUUUACCUAUAAGCCUGAUACCAAGCCAAAAUCAGCCUGGGCAUGGCACUGUGCAAACUUGCGCAACACCAUCAUUAGCUGUCUCAGUAUCUACAACUGGAUCAUCAUAUGAAUUAGGAAAAGUAAUGAAUGCCACAUUGAUGAAAAGUCAAGAAACUAGAAAUGAACCGAAUGAAGGCAAUGUUAUUACAGAGAAGUCAACCACAUCUAAGCCAGAUGAUAAAAUUAAUUCACUGAUUGCAAAUCUUUCUAAUGUCCAUAAAGUUAUUGCUUACCAGGAGAAGGUUUCUUCGAAGCUUGGUGAUAGCUCAGAAAAGCAAGUUUUACAUGAGAAGUUGCCAGAAAAUCGAAUAGUUUACUAUCUUGACACUUUUGAGAAAAAGAACAGCACUGUUAAAGAAUCUCAGGGUUUCGUUCACGACAGCAAUGCAGGAAGAUUUCGCUGUACCAUAUGCGGCUACACUUGUGAGUACCAGAGAACAAUAAAGGCACACAUCUGGAAACAUUCGGGGAAUAAAAAUGUUGACUAUCCAAUGUUUCGAAAUGGCCCACUCAGUGUAUAUGAAGAUGAACCCUUGACUGUUUGUUCAAUUGAAAACCAGGUUGAUAGUGCUAAGACUUCAACUCCAAUUAGCAUUAAUAAUGCACUGAGUCACGAGACCCCUUUUUCUUCAGCCUCUUUGCCAUCAGUUAUUGUGUAUGAACAACCAAGAAUGAUUGUGAGUGAGGCUACAUCAACUAGUUCAAUGGUGACAAAAGUAUUUAGAAACCAGCCAAAUGAAACUGUAACAAAACCAUACAACAUUCUGCUGGCUAAGCAUACAUUACCAGAGUCUAAUACUGGAAUGACAAAAAGGGCUCCAGUAUUUUCAACUAUGACAACAGCUGAUGAAUCCAACAGAGUCAACACAUCAAAAACACAGACAGUUAUGAUGGGUAUUGACAGCAAUGAUGCACUUGAUGAUUCUUUGGAGCGUGAAGACUGCCUUACCAUAGAUGAAACAGAAACAGGAUUGAUGACCAGCAUGCCUGUACAACAAAAUGUGGUUGUUGAAACAGUUGAUUCAUUCAGUGAGUCCUACACAGCGAUGGAGAGUCAACAGAACAGUCCUCGGUUGAAUACGCGGUCACCAGAUUCUGGUCUGUCUGAAAUGACCGCAUUCACAUCACAGUCUCAAUCGCUGUCGGCUUCAAGCAGAAUUUUGUCCCCAAACUCCCAUGGCGAUAUGACAUCGGAGGAUACUAGUGAAAAUUGUUCCUUUCCAGAAGUUUUGGGGUUGACAAAGAGGUCAAGAUCUGUUGACAGCUCAAUGGAUGAAAGCCUUUCGCCUAAGAAGCUAAGAAUAGCAGACGAUCAUGAAGACUCCGCCGUAACACUGCUAUCUCUGUUAAAGAAAGGUCCAAACUUUAAUCCAGCAUGUCCACCCAGUCAGCAGAAAGCUCAAGUGAAUAUUCAGUCCUAUUCAGGGACUUCGUCACCUGGGUAUGAAGAUUCAAGCAGUGUAGGUGAGGUAGACAUGGGAAGUGGGAAACGUAAACCAAGCUCAGGUAUAUCUACUUCACUGUUGGCCGUUAUUGAACAGCUAAGAGAGAGGUCAAAGUCUGAUUUAGAAGAAGAGAAACCAGUCCAGCCUGCAGCAAAGAAACAGUACAAGAGGAGAAGUAGAAAGAGCUCGAUGGAAGACAAUGCACCUGCUUCCGGGAUCGAAAAUGUUGAAGAGUUUGUGAAAGGGGGCGAAGUGAAAUAUCGCUGUAAAUUGUGCCAUUAUACCAAUGAAAGUACAUUGUUAUUACGUCAGCAUAUGAAACUUCACAAGCCAAAACAACAGUUUGAAUGUUCACUCUGUGACUUGAUUGCCGAAUCCAGUGAAGCGCUACAAGAUCACAUGAUCCAGCACUGUAAAAUCAGGACUUACCAGUGUAAAUUGUGUAGCUUUAUGUUUAACUAUAAGAGCCAGCUAAGAGCUCACAUGCGCAUGCACAAUGAUCAGGAUAUUCUGAUGUGUGACUAUUGUGACUUCGAAACUCGCAAUCCAGCUGCUUUUAAAAUUCACACCAAAGGCCAUUUUUCGAAACCGCCAUAUAAAUGUUCUGAGUGUUACGAUGAAUUUGUGUCCAGUUCGUUAUUGAAAACCCACAAACGGGAAGGGUGCAGUGACAAAAAUACAAACAUUGUGAGAAAAUGUGACGAAUGUGACUUUACAUGUGUAGGAAGACGGGAACUGAAAAACCAUCAGAGGAUUCACAUGGGUAAAGCUGUGGUUCAGGUUCCAAAGAGAUGCUCGUAUUGUGACCACACUGAGGCAACUAUCGAGCAAAUACGAAAACACAUCACUGAUGUCCAUGGUGAAUCUAAACCUCUCAAGUGUGACAUGUGUGGAUUUGUUGCAGUAUCUAUUCGUAGCCUAAAAUCACACAUGAAAAGACAUGUAAAUGAUCAACGUUUUGUUGCACAGCCAUUGGAGCAAUAUAAAUGUAACCUUUGUGGGUAUGUCUGCCACCAUUUGCCAUCACUGAAAUCUCACAUGUGGCGACAUGCUGCCGAUCUUCAUUAUAGCUACGAGUUCACAAAUGACGUGAUUAAUGCAGCUAUUGACUUUGAUUAUAUGAAAGGUGUGACUGAGACAAACCAAGAACAUGUAGAACAGUUUAGGAAUCUCAUUGUCGAGAAAAUGAAAGCCAAAGGCCUAGAUAUGACUGGAGAAUCCGUAGACGAAAGUGCUAAAGCGUGUUGCUGGGUGACAUUCCGCUGUUGUCAGUGUGGUUUUGAGACGAUCAAUAAAGCAGAAUUGAAUCUUCAUAUGGGCAUUCAUACCGACGUGAUUAAGAUGACGCUAGAGGUGGGGGAUGACGCGGGUAGCAGCAGACAGUCGCAGGAUGAAGAUGCGGAUGAUAAUGAAUAAUUCAGAGGAUAUACAAACUAAACUGUUUAUUAGAAUGAUUUUGAUAAAUAAUGCUUUACAAUAUACAGUUAUAGAAUGAUUAUGCUGGGAAUUUUAUGUAGACUGAUUGUUAUAUAUUGCUUUUAGGUUUACUUAAUAUUUCAAUUAAAGGGUCUAUACACCGUAUGAUGAAAUAGCGAAAAAAAGAAGAAGAAAAUUGUCGAAAACUGACAUGAACUUGGUAUCGAUGUGUACAAUUCAUUGGAACUAACUAACUGAAGUACCACACUGAAGUACCACAUAGUUUACAAUUAAUUUAUUUUUCGUAUUUUUCCAUUAUAAAAACUAAGUAUGUAUACUUAAUAGAAUUCAUUCUUAUGCAGGAUUGGCUAGUCGAUGUUAUCACGUGAAAUUACCAAAUUGGGUAUAUAGCUUAAAUAUUCCAAGUGUUUAGUGUUAACCUUCGUAGCACAGUGGAUACAACACUGGACUGCAAUUUUGGCGACACCAGUACAAACCCGGUCUCCGACUCGAUUUUUUUUUACAUUUUGGGAUUUAUUUUACAAUUAUGAUAUCAAAAAGUAAAACUUUUUAUUAAAUAAAUGUCCUGAGAUUCGUUACAGAAGAAACUUUUUUGGUGCCAAUCUGGUGUAUAGUCCCUUUAAUAUUGAGUAUAUGACGUAGACGAACUGUUUGUAAUGAAUAUGUUGAUGACAUGUAGUCCUUUUCGACAUUCUUAAUGAAUUAUUGUUUUUAUGAAUAUGACAUCUGUAUAUAUAUAAACUACAGUUAAUGAAGAUAUAAAUGGCAAACUUCAGAAUCAUUGUAUCUUUUUAAAACGAUUGUUAAUGUUGUCCUUUAAUUUUUCUUAUUAUUUAUAAAUAUAUUGUACUUUCACUUUCUUGUAACUGAUUUUAUCGUCAAAUACCCAUGACUGACUUAUUCGGCCUCUCUCCAUUCAUUUAUGACUGAUGAAUGCAGAAUAACGGAAAAGGACAGUUAUAAGCAUCUGAUGAUGUACUGAUAUUAUUGCCAAUUUUGGCAGGACAGAGUUCAGAUACCAUUAGCCUGCCUAUUUUAAGACUUAAGAAGUUAAUGGAAUAACAUGUAUAUACACAUAAUAAUUAAUUAUAACACCAGAAAGAGUUUUCAAUUAAUGAUGAAAAAAUGUGAAAUAAACACUUUCAUUUUAGCUUUUUACACAUCAAUACAUAGAUUUCUAUCUGUAACUAUGUUUUAUUGUUGUUUUAGCCUGUUUUCUUUUCAAAGGUUUAUGUUAGCCUCAUUGUCAUUUGUGGCAUGGUGAUAGUGCUUGAUUAACAUAUUUCCUGAGACAAUAUGCGUAUAUUAAUGUCCAUAACUCACUCUUAAAUAAUUGUUGAGAUAUGCUCCUUUUUCAAGUGUAUAAAAAACGGGCGGGGUAAAUAUGCUCAGUUGUUUAAAAGUUGUAUUGCACACAUGACAUUUUCUGUAAUUGAUUUUACGGGCUAAGAGCAUAAACCUUGUGUGUAAUUAUUAGGGUUUAUUUAUUUUAUCGAUAAUUCUGAUAGGGCAGUGUUGUUCUUCUUACCAAUCUGGGAUGGUUCAAAAUUUUAAAUGUAUGGAUUUAAAAAAAAAAUAUAUAUAUAAAAUAUUGGACCCCAAACCUUUUUUGUAUGAAUGCUUUGUUUUUAACGUACUUAAAGAAACAAACUUCAUAAUAUUUUACUUUUCCAUCUAUGUUUUUGAAGCAGUUUUGUUCAAUUCUAGACAAUACUCGUAUUCCAAACUUAAGAGAAAAAUGAAAUGAAGCACUUUUUUUUACAAUAAAAAAGGCCACAUUCCCAAAUUGGUGAAGAAAAAAGUACAAUGCAGGGUAUUUCAACUGACAGCUAUAUAUAUUUAAGAUUUUUUCCUUCAUUGUUUCAAUGUCUCUAUAAAUUUUGUUUUCAUUCACAGCCUGUGCCAAUAUUUUUUGCCACUUUGGAAAAACACAAUAAUAUACUAAAAAGCUUAUAUAAUGCAAAUGUACAUUACAUUCUUUGACAUUUUUGUUUAUCUUCAUUUUACCUUUAUUACAGUUGUUCUUGUUUAGUGUAAAGAUCUUGUUUGUUUUCCAAGAAAUGCAAUGCUUUUUUAUUCAUUCAGUAUCAGGGAAACUGUGUUUACCAAAUUUGUAAAAUUUUAUGGUUUGGGGGGAAUAUAGACUCUUCAACACGGGGAACAGUCUUUAGAAGGCAGUAAAUUGCACCAAGAAAAAUCAUUGUCAAGAUAUUAAUGCUUGUCUGUUUUUCAUCAGAAUUCAUGCCACAAAUACAUGACAAUUGAGAAUAUGAACAUCAAUCAAAUACAUAUUGAGGCAUUGCAAACAGUAUACAUACUCGACAUAAAAAUAAAAAGGUAUACAUUUAGGGUUUUUUUUCUCAAUAUUUGUAUUUGUAACAUUUAGAUAAUAACAUAAGAACCCUUACUUAAGCAAAAUGUAAAAAAAAAUCAAAGAAUUAAGUACAAAUAGAGGAGUAAAUUUUCAAAACUGAAUUUAACAACACUAUACUUCAGGGAAUUUCUUAACCUUAUGAAUUUGAUAUUGUUACCAAUGUGAGAUGCUUUAAAGAAUAAUCUUGUUGUGUGCUUCGUGUUAUGUGCAACAAUAUGUUCGAUUCUUUCUUUUUAACAUUUCUCAGUAACUAUAACCAGUAGUUCUUCCCUUUCUAAAAGUUUGUCACAAAUUUAAGUUUUGAUCAUAAUGAUUUAUUCAUUAUAUUUUCAGUUGUUUUUUCAUGCUGUCUGUCUAACACUAUAAUUUCAUUUCUAUUCCUUUCACAGAAUCAGACAAUAAAAGUAUCAACAAUUUAAUAUUUUAAUAACAAAACAUUAACUUGCAUACAAAUAUAGGAAUAAGGCAUUUAGUGUUGAAUUUGUAAAUGAUACAGAUGUGCUUUUUAUGUAAUAAUAUAGUAUAUAGCUAUAAUAAUAAUAUUUUACUCCUUCAGCAUUCUCAAAAGUUUACAUUCUCACAAAAGGGAAAAUAGACAUAUUUGUUGUUGUUUUCUAUGUUUAUUCUUGCCAUAGUAUAUAGUGUAUGACAUAGUUUAAUUUAUUUCAAAGAUCUGACUAAAAUUUCCCAAACAACUGAAACAUUAUAAGUGUUCCUAUUAUAGAUCUGUAAAUUGUUUCUAAUGUAUGACAGUUGAAUUAACUCUUUUUAUAUUCACAGCUUUAUUGUAUGUAGUGCAUUGUAUAAUACGUAUAAUUUGGUAAGUAAGACCACAAUAUAUAUAUAUAUAUAUAUAUAUAUAUAUAUAUAUAACUUGCAUACAAAUAUAUAUCUGUGAAAUAUGGUAUUUAUUACACUGAAGAAUCAAUAUGUCAAGUCAAAUUAUUUCUUUGUUUAAAGCUGCACUCUCACAGAUUGAAUGUUUUGACAAUUAUUUUUUUUAAAAAGUGGUAAAACAGUAAAUCUGUGAGGGUGCAGCUUAAAUAGUUUUUUUUUUAAGUUAACUGUGUACAAAUGACAUAAAUAACAGCAAUUUGAAAUGUAUUGCCUGGAUGCAGUCUAGUUUCCAAACAUUAGUCAAACUACAUUUGCAGCUUAAGCAUACAAUAAAACUUCUUCUAAAAUAUCCUGCAAUGAGUAAAUCCAAUUUCUUUACAAUUUCAUGCCAAAUUAAGAUAUUUUACAGAUUUAAAUCAGUAUUGUUUAACCUACUUGAAAUAGUAUAUAAAAUUGUGUAAAAAGUGUCUUUUUUCCACAAUAUAUACCUACAUACCUGCGUUUACUAUUGGUUAUUUGUGUAUUUUUUCCCAUAAAUACAAUGCUAUUUUUCCUCGGAUUGUGUGUUUUUGAAGUCAGUAAUAGUAUAAAUUCCUGCCAGUUUGUUUUUCUCAGUAUUUUAUACAAGUUAGCCUCGUUAGCUCUUGUUUAAUAAACUAGUUUGUUAGUGCUGUA